CCCCGUUGGACGUUCCGAACGCACUGGCCUCGCGGGCCUCGGUUCCACCAUGGAGACCGAGCUGCCCUGGGUGGCGGCGGCCUCGGCGGUGUGCGCGUCGCCCAGUCGUGGCACGCCGCGGUGGUCGGAAGGCACGUUGCUGUCCUUCUUGACGGACGAGGAAUGCUAUGUGAUCGACAUGCAGGCAGCUUUGGAGAAGACCGGCGAGGCUUGGCUGGUGAGGAAGUUCAAACACGGUGAGAAAGAGAAGGAGAAGUCGAUCACGCCCUCCAAGCGCCUGCGGGAGGAGAGGUCUUCCUCGGCUCCCUUCGAGGCCCAGAGGAAGUGCUGCUCGAUGUCGUGGUCUCCGGCGGGAUGUUCGCCUCAAGCAUCGUUUCUGCUGGCCGUGGGCGAUUCGAGUGGCCACGUGACGGUCUAUGCUCCCUGCGAUGAGGCGCAUGAGCCUGUAGAGCUCCAAGAGUUGCAGAGAAGAGUCACUGACUCCAAUGGGGUGGUGGAGGUGUGCUUCGCACCCACACCAGUCUUGAUCGAGUCUGAAGGACGCACAGGGAAAGACGAGCGCAAAGACGAGCGGAAGAUAGGAAAGGCAGGAACAGUUCGGCCAAGUGGAAAACGAUUCUCUGCUGUGUUAUGUGCCAGCAAAGGGCCUCAUGUGGUGAUUUGGCACUGCCUCCCAAGUGGAACUUGUCAGCUGGUGAAGUCUAUCUCAUUGGAUUCUGAGGUCAUUACUGCUUUGACUGUAUCAAGAAGCUUUGGAGCACAACCGCAGACUCUCAAGUCUAUGCUUGUUUUGGGUACCAAGCUUGGACGUCUUCACUUCAAGCAGCUACACCUUUCAACGAAAGAUCACAAGGACCGUGAGGUUCGGAUCUCACCGAUCUCAACUUCCGACUUGGAAACUGCGGACCGCUGUGUGACAGAGGUGAAGGUCUUCUGUGACGCUGAUGGUGAUUCGACUGAUUUGCUGGUGGCGAUUGCCCAUGGCGUCCAGCUCUCCUGUGCCGUGCUUCGCAUCUCAGACGAUGGACACCUGGAGACCUCACGCUCGCGACGCGAAAAGAGCACCCGCCACGAAGAAGAGCACGUCUCCUGGCUGAUGGCCUCGACACCUUGCCACGGACUCCCAAUUGUUUCUUUGCUUUGUGACACCACCGGCGUUUUGGCGGCGUCCGAUCCUAUGUUGGGCUCCUCCUUCGUGAGCCGCGCCAACGUGCUCACCUUGGACUCAUCGGGCUAUGCAGUCAUUUGGCAGCUGGAGGAAGCUGAGGCACAAGAGGGCUCAUGCCGUGGUCUUUUCCUGAGACCGAGCAGGUUUUGCAGCUUGGUGGCAAAGAGCAUGCAGAACUAUCUCACUGCUGCGGAGCAAGCAGCGAUCUGUAUGGAAACUCGGAUGGUGAGAACGGCUGCUCGUGAGCGAGAACUUUUGCAGGAUAAGAAGCUGUUCAGUGGUUUCGCCUUGUCACCCAGCCAUUGCAUGCUCGUCACUCAAACAGUUCUUCCUUCCACCCGCACGACACAGAUCCGUCCGGUGACCUUUCUUCUUGCCAGCUCUUUGGGAAGCCCAGCCCAUGCCUUCACUGCACUGCUUCGGAACGUGGGCGACUCGUUGUAUCGAAGAAGGUGCCGCCGGGAGAGCGUCUCGACCGGAAGGGCCGCGCGGAGACCGUCUCGACCGGAAGGAAUGGAACAGACUCAGAGUGAAACAUGUGACAACGGUGAUCACAUCCACCAUAGACGGCGGAAGGCGGCUGGCGGAAGCUCUUAUCCUUUGUAUCUAAGCCUUUGGGAUGUGAGUGAAGCUUGGCGCAGCAUGGUCUUCGGUGCUGGCAAGUCGCUUGGUGCCAUGUGUCGAGCUAGCUGGGACGAGAAGAAGCCCUGUGAAGGUUCUGAACUACCGAACGGACUCUUGGAAUCCAUUCUGCAGUGGCUUUGGGAACUGCAAGAAGGCCUCCAAGGCGCCUUUCAACACAUCUCCGAUUCGGCGGCUUCCAGUGCCACAGGUAGUGCCGCUGGCUGUAAGGUGUCCUUGCUACUGCGCCACACGGCCGCACAGCAAGUCACCUUCACCUUGAGCAGUCCCAAGAGCUUCACCGAACGCUGGGCGUCUGAAGCUUCGCCCCGGCGUAGGCAUUUCCUCGCGCAGAUCCGGCACGAGCUGAAUGAGUUGGCUUUGAAGACUUGGACCAGUGACACAGAGCUAAACGCGGCAAAAGGAGGACAGAGCAGUUUUGCAGGUGUAGAAGAGGAUGAGCUGGCAAUGUGUCAAGUUUGCAAUGCUUUGCUGGAGUUGGGCCACAAAGCCACCAGAGAUCUUCGUAGGAAAUACCUCCUGGCGGAACUUCCUCCCAAAAACCCAGUCGUUCGAGCGGCCGCGUGUGCAUACUGGCGACAGCGUGCCAAGGCCUUACCAGGCAGUGUGGUCAGAUCUGCCGUGCUGGACUGCUUGGCCAAAGUGGAAGAUUCGUUGAAGGAAGCUGAGCUAGAAAGCACCAGCUGUGGCAGCUGUCGGCUAUGUGGAGAACCUGCUGUAAUCGAUCCCAGUUUCAUGCAAGUCUCUUGUGGGAGCCAUGUGCUCCCGCUAUGUCAGCAGCAGCUCCUUCCCUUGCUCACAGAACCGCAUAUUCUAUGCCAUUUUUGUGGUCGUUGCACGUCCAAUGGGUCAGAGUGUCAAGUUCUAGGAGUAUGUGCGUGGUGCGCCACCCCAGUGAUGUGAGG